CCCGGCAGUUUGGCGAGCAACAGGAGACACAGCUUGGUUUCAUUCCACCUCCCACACUGGGGCACCUGAGGAGGAAAGGGCUGAUGGUUUGUGUUUGAGUGGGAAAGAGGGCUUGUGUCUACAUCCAAGAUAGGUGACUUCACACGUUUCCCAAACACAGAUUCUUGAUCCUCCCUUUGCAGCCAAGCAUCUGGGCACGGCCAAAGUCCUGACUUUCUGUUCCAUUGGGCCCUUGAGAAAAAUACCAGAUGUUUGAAACUGCUGUAUCUUUGUCAUAAUAUUGCGGGACAACAGGUUCAAUUGGUGUCUGUAAUCAGAUUUGGGAAUCUGAAUUUCAGGUACGGCAUGCAGACUUUGUGUGUGCAUGGUGGUGAUGUGCAUGUCACUUCAGGAUAAAGGAGGAUUUAGCAGCUAUCUUCCCCUCCUAGACAGCAGAAAAUCAUAACUCCAAUUAAUCCUCAGAUCGGGAUCCAAGCUGCAAGAUUUCCAAAAGAUCCAAAAUGGAAAAGAGCUCCGAUUUGGAGAUUAACAGUCCUCCUCAGUCUGAUAAAAGUCUUCCGGGAGGUUUUGCCCCCAGAAUCUCCGAAACCAUGGCUGAGCUGCUCGUCAACACCGUGGCUGGCACUGCCCAAAUGGUCCAAGUCUCUGUAGAAGCCCAGAAAUCUGCCCAGCUAGCUUGUUUCCAUGCAGAGCACGCACUGACCCAAGCCCGUCUGAGCUACAUGGCAGCAAGGGGUCUAGCUGAGCGACUUUUGGGAUUCUUGAGCCCCCCUGAUUUUCAGGGACUCUUCCAGAUACUCUCACAGCCCCCCAUGCCAUACUCUGAAUUUUGCACUAUCAUCCGACGGACAGAAAAUGCCCUCCUACACCCCGUUCUCAAAUGCAAGCCGGGAUUUAACGUGGGACGGGAACCUAGACCAGCUUCUGAAUGCAGCUGCCAACCAGAUAUUACAGAUGAUGGUCUUCAGAGAAGGUUUCCUGAUCUCCAGUUCUUUAGACCCUGUUGUGUCAGCAAAGCGAAUGACUAUGGGACAGAUGAAGAGGAGAAUCAGCCAUUGGAGAUUCAAGACAGAAAUCCCUCACACCACAAAAAAGUUGAGUGCAGCAAGUUUCUGAGCAAAGGGACUCUCUGCAACACUGCCCCCCAGCAACAGAAUUUGGACAACGACACCACUAACAACCAGCCAGAGACCACAGCUAAGGAUACUGGAUAAGCUGCCCAGCUGUAUGUGCUGUAUGUUCUAGGUACAAUCCAAAACAAUCAGCUUGAAGUCCACUUCCGUUCCUCUCUACAAGACCUGAAAGCAAACUAAGGGAUGCCACUUUUAAUUAUUAGUGGUCCAGCAUUAUUGCAACAAAGGUUGAGCUGGACAGAAUGGCUAUAAAUCGUUUGCAUUUCCUUCCCAAGAGCCAUUCCAGGUCAAUUUUGACCCAAUCUAAGAAGAGAUAUGAAGAACCUCUCAGGAUUGUUACCUCUUCUCCUAUCAAAUAAAUAUAAAUAAAAUAUAAAUGAGACAAACCAAA